AAUCAUGGUUCACUGCAGCCUGUUACCUCCAGACUCAAGCAAUCCUCUCACCUCAGCCUAAUAAAUCUUUUUUUAAGGGAGAAAAGUGUUCAAAUACAGGUAGUAGACAAAAUUGUGAAACCAUUUUGAAAUUGUGAAGUCUGGGUAACAGAAUCAGAGUUGCUGCGGUUCCAGUGGGACGGGAGAAGGGACAAGCAGCCCCUCACUAGACUGAAAACCAGGGCCAACUGGCACAUCAUUCAAGUAUUUUUGAGCACCUAACAUGGACCCAGGCCUAGAGAAAGGGGCUGUUGUGGGUUAGAACCUGGAGACCCGCCUCCGCCGUUCCCCAAAGACAGCCCCGUCGUGUUCCCAAUGCCUGGGAAAGAAGACAGGAGGGUCCUCAAAGCCUGAUUGGGCCUUGCAGGUAGUGAGCGCUCAGGGUUGGGGAAAGGUAGUCUGGUGUUCGCCCUUCCCCAGCAACUCCCUCCUCUUGCCCGUCACUUCUUAACCCCUUACUCUUCCCUCAAAUUGGGGAGCAACAGAGGAUAAGGGUCCCCCAAACGCCAUGCUCCGAAUGCACGUAAAAAACCCCCAGAAAGGUUGGGUGGGGGGGCGCGGGUAAAGCAGCGUGAAUCUGAAAGGCCUACCCCAACCUCCCAGGCGGCGGAAGCACGUCACUUUGUCCGCGUCCGCAGUGCAUUUUGGGAAUUGUAGUGAAGCGGGUGGAGGACGCCGAGCAGCCGACGGUGUAACCCGUUAGAGACCAGAGCGCGCGGGCAGCUGGGACAGGGUUAGAGGGCUGUCAGUCGCCCCCCUUCUUUAGCAGAGAAAACUGAGGCAAGGCUCUGGCUCGGGAGCCCUUAGUCCUCUCCCUUCGCUGGCUGUGGCGGGCCCCAGAGGCAUAUAUCUAGGAUUCCGGGGGAGGACGAAGUGCCAAGUGGCCACCCCCACCCCUACCUAGUUGCCAGCUUCCUUUCCCUGCUCUGAAGCCAAUCAGGGCUUCUCCGCCCCGCCCCAGAAGCUGCUACCUUCCUAAUCCGUCAUUGGCCCACCUUUGCUGGGCGGGGAAACUGAGGUUCAGAGAGGGCAAGACAUUUUGCCUAAAGCUGCACAACAAAUCGGAGCAGAAGUUGGACGCCUGGAAGUCUGUCCACCCACCCCCAAAAUUUCUGAAUCCGGAGUAGCUCUGAUCAUUCGUAUUGCAAACUGGCCUCCCACCUUUGUGUCCCAGCAUCUUGCGGCGCGCCGAACUCCGGCCCCGCGGAGACGGUUAUAAGGGCUGCGCGCGGAGAGGCGACGACCCCCCAGCCCGCCUCUGCCCGCCGUUCCCUUUAAGAGCCGGCCCCGGCGGGACUACGUUUCCCAGAAGGCUUUGCUGGCGCGUUAUGUAACUUUCCCUGCGAAGCGGCCUCUGGGGCAGAAGAAGGAGGUGGAGGCGGCGGCGGCCGUUGCAGCGGCGGCGGCGAGAGCGGCGGGAGCCCGAGGCGGCUGCGCUCGCGGCCCAUCGUGGGGCCCGAGCUGUGCGCCUCGGCUCGGAGCCCGGACCGGGCGGGGGCGCCGACGUGCCUCAGCCUGCCUUUGCGAGGGAGGCGGGAGUGAGCAGAAAGGCUUAGGGCCCAGGGGGCGGGGAAGGGGGGCCGGGCCUGGAUCCGGCGGGGAGGCCGAGCCGGAGGCCGGACCGUGGCUCGCGCUGUCCCGGGGACGCGGAUCGCACGUCGGCGGCGCGGAUCGCACGUCGGCGGCCGGUGGAACGCGGGAGCCGGGCGGCGCGCGGACUGGGGCCAUGGCGUCUGUGCAGGCGUCCCGCCGCCAGUGGUGCUACCUGUGCGACCUGCCCAAGAUGCCGUGGGCCAUGGUGUGGGACUUCAGCGAGGCCGUGUGCCGCGGCUGCGUGAACUUCGAGGGCGCGGACCGCAUCGAACUGCUCAUCGAUGCCGCCCGCCAGCUCAAGCGCAGCCACGUGCUCCCCGAGGGCCGCUCCCCCGGGCCCCCGGCCCUUAAGCACCCGGCCACCAAGGACCUGGCUGCGGCCGCCGCACAGGGGCCCCAGCUGCCGCCCCCGCAGGCCCAGCCCCAGCCGUCAGGGACCGGCGGCGGCGUCUCGGGCCAGGACCGCUAUGACAGGGCCACAUCAUCGGGCCGCCUCCCCCUGCCCUCGCCCGCCCUGGAGUACACUCUGGGGUCCCGCCUGGCCAAUGGGCUGGGCCGUGAGGAGGCCGUGGCUGAGGGGGCGCGAAGGGCCUUGCUUGGCUCCAUGCCUGGCUUGAUGCCCCCUGGGCUGCUGGCAGCUGCAGUGUCUGGCCUGGGAAGCCGAGGCCUGACGCUGGCACCCGGCUUGAGUCCUGCCCGUCCCCUCUUCGGCUCCGAUUUCGAGAAAGAGAAGCAGCAGAGGAAUGCGGACUGUCUGGCAGAACUGAACGAGGCCAUGCGGGGCCGGGCAGAGGAAUGGCACGGGCGCCCCAAAGCAGUGCGGGAACAGCUACUGGCGCUGUCCGCCUGCGCCCCGUUCAAUGUGCGCUUCAAGAAGGAUCACGGGCUGGUGGGGCGAGUGUUCGCCUUCGAUGCUGCUGCCCGUCCUCCAGGAUACGAAUUCGAGCUGAAGCUCUUCACCGAAUACCCCUGUGGUUCCGGCAAUGUGUAUGCCGGCGUCCUGGCGGUGGCUCGCCAGAUGUUCCACGAUGCUCUGCGGGAGCCAGGCAAGGCACUGGCUUCUUCGGGCUUCAAGUACCUGGAAUAUGAACGCCGGCAUGGCUCAGGAGAAUGGCGGCAGCUGGGCGAGCUGCUUACCGACGGCGUCCGCAGCUUUCGCGAGCCAGCUCCGGCGGAGGCCCUGCCCCAGCAGUACCCAGAGCCUGCCCCUGCGGCUCUCUGUGGCCCGCCACCGCGAGCCCCAUCCCGGAACCUGGCGCCCACGCCGCGCCGUCGCAAGGCAUCCCCCGAGCCGGAGGGCGAGGCGGCUGGGAAGAUGACCACCGAGGAGCAGCAACAACGGCACUGGGUGGCACCUGGAGGUCCGUACUCCGCUGAGACCCCUGGUGUGCCCUCGCCCAUUGCCGCCCUGAAGAAUGUGGCCGAAGCCCUGGGCCACUCACCCAAGGACCCUGGCGGAGGUGGAGGGCCUGUGCGUCCAGGGGGCGCCAGCCCUGCAGCCUCCUCCACUGCCCAGCCGCCAACCCAGCAUCGCCUUGUGGCCCGCAACGGUGAAGCAGAAGUCAGUCCCACAGCGGGGGCCGAAGCUGUCAGCGGGGGUGGCGGCGGCACUGGGGCGACCCCUGGGGCUCCCCUGUGCUGUACCCUGUGCAGGGAGCGGCUAGAAGACACCCACUUCGUCCAGUGCCCCUCGGUGCCCGGACACAAGUUCUGCUUUCCCUGCUCCCGGGAGUUCAUCAAGGCGCAGGGCCCGGCCGGGGAGGUAUACUGCCCGAGCGGAGACAAGUGCCCGCUGGUCGGCUCCUCCGUGCCCUGGGCCUUCAUGCAGGGCGAAAUCGCCACCAUCCUUGCUGGAGACAUCAAGGUUAAGAAAGAACGGGACCCCUAGGCUACCACUGCCUCCAGGCUACUGCCCUCUGCCCUUUUGCCAUCCACCGCUGACGCGGAUAAAUUAUUCCCUCCCCGACCCAGCCCAGUGCCACCCCUAUCUGUGUACAUACUCCCUUCCUCCACCCAGAUGGGUCCCCUGGGGUAGAUGCAUUGUGGGUGGGGGGAGAAAGCUUGUGGCUCCUGUCCGAGGGGAUAUUUGGGGUCCCUUGGCCCCUCCAGUUUCCCUCUGUCCUUGGCUUGGCUUUGCUGCUGCUUGUAGUUGGGGGAGAGGUGCCCCCCUCCUCCUUGAGAAGGGACCUUCUGAAAAUUCGCUCUUUAUAAACGAGGCAAAAGCAUUUUAUUGCCCCCCCUCUCCCGCCCCCUUCUGCUCCUUCAAUAAACCGAAAGAUGGGUUGUUUUUUUUUUUU